AUGAGCACCAACUCGUCCCCCUCUGCAUCCGAGCAGCUCUGCUACCAGAACGUGACCGGAUCCUGCGUGAAAGCCCCCUACUCGCCCGGACCCCGGCUCAUUCUCUACACACUGUUCAGCUUGGGGGCUGUGCUGGCCGUUUUUGGAAACCUCCUGGUGGUGAUUUCAAUCCUGCAUUUCAAGCAGCUGCACUCGCCAACCAAUUUUCUCAUCGCCUCUCUGGCCUGUGCUGACUUUCUGGUGGGGGUGACCGUCAUGCCCUUCAGCAUGGUCAGGUCUGUGGAGGGCUGCUGGUACUUUGGGCCGAGUUUCUGUACCUUCCACACGUGCUGUGAUGUGGCAUUUUGUUACUCUUCCCUCUUCCACCUGUGCUUCAUCUCCAUCGACAGGUACAUUGCUGUUACUGAGCCUCUGGUCUAUCCUACCAAGUUCACGGUGUCCGUGUCGGGGACAUGCAUCGGCAUCUCCUGGAUCCUGCCCCUUGUAUACAGUGGUGCCGUGUUCUACACAGGUGCCUAUGAUGAUGGGCUGGAGGAAUUAUCUCGUGCCGUCAACUGCGUAGGAGGUUGUCAAACCGUUGUAAAUCAAAACUGGGUGUUGAUAGAUUUUCUAUCCUUCUUUAUACCUACCUUCGUUAUGAUAAUUCUCUAUAGCAAUAUUUUUCUUGUGGCUAGACAACAGGCUAAAAAGAUUGAAGAUACUGGGGGCAAAAUAGAAUUGUCAUCAGCUAGUUACAAAUCCAGAGUGGCCAAGAGAGAGCGAAAAGCAGCAAAAACCCUGGGUAUCACUGUGGUAGCAUUUAUGAUUUCAUGGUUACCGUACAGUAUUGACUCAUUAAUUGAUGCUUAUAUGGGCUUCAUAACCCCUGCCUACAUCUAUGAGAUUUGCUGUUGGUGUGCUUAUUACAAUUCAGCCAUGAACCCUUUGAUUUAUGCUUUAUUUUACCCGUGGUUCAGGAAGGCCUUAAAAAUUAUCAUGAGUGGUUGGGUUUUCGAGGACAGUUCAGCCACCAUGAAUUUGUUCUCUGAACAAAUGUAA